AUGACAAAAGGAUCUUCGACCUCUGGUGAUUCUCAAUCGAGCUCCGGCGGAGGCGGAUACACGACAACCAGCUCUGGUACCAACAGCCAGGGCAACCACUAUUGCUCACGCGACUAUGGCUCUGAUGCCUCAAAUCAAAACUCCUACCAUUACUCUAAUAGCAACGGAUCCUAUUACUACAGCAAUCCCAACGGCACAACAUAUUACAACUCAGGGAAUGGUCAGAGUAGAUACUCAUCUGGAAAGUAA